ACUUUCAGUGCUGCUGAUGGCUGCUGAUCAGCAGGUGAGGACUCAGCUUUGGAUAAGCAGAUCUGAAAAAUCACAGUUUAACCUUGGCUGACCUUAGUUACCCCACCCUACAAGGCUUCACAGCGGCUUUCCUUAUUCACCCAAAUGCUUUCAGGCCCAAUGAAAUGAGCCCAGGCAUAACCAGACAAUUUUAGCCCAUCUUAUCACCAAACAGCACUUUCAUCAGACAGCAGGGCAAGAUGGCAUCCAGGAACAGGGGGCACAUUUGCAAAAGAGGAAAACAACAACACAUCACAAAGAACAGUAGAGCCAGGAAAAAACAGAAGGCACAAAUAACACCAGCCCAGGGAAACUGUCAAUACUGUGUGUGCAAAGCUGCAGGAAGCCCAGCACUUACCAAUGUGUGAGUGGUCACCUGCAGGCAGCAGCCAGGGCCCUCAGUGUUGAGACAUAUAAGGGGUUUUUGGCAGGGCGGAAAUCCCUGUGGUUGUAGAACAAAAACACAAGAAUUUGAAUUAAAAGAAAAUAAGUUUGCAAGAGUCAGGGACCUGGGGCUGUAGUGAUGGCUACCACAUCACAGACCUCCUGCCCUGCACACAGCAGCUUCUGCACAGAAAGUAUAAAAAAGAACUGAAGACAACAAUUGAGCCGAAGCACUCAGCUACAUGUCAGCAAUGCAUGGACCAUGAGAUGAAAAGUGCACAUGGAUCAUUUGAUAAAGACAAUAGAAUAAAAUAUACUAAAAUAAAAUCCACUGCAUAAAAUACAACUUGCAAUCCACAACAAUGGCACAGGACUUAUCCUUGUUAUCUGCAAAAGUGGACAUGAUGAGAGUGCCCCAAAUGGCUGAGAGACAGCAGUUUAUGGCAGCUCAUUUGAUUUCAAACAUGAACAUCGUCAGUCAGAGUAUCAAAUGAAGUCAUCAUAGCAAACACCCUUUGGCAUCACCAAAAACAACUCUAUUCUGAUAAACAAGCUCAAGUUUGAGAUCAACAACUGAAGUGCUGCAGAAAUCAUUCUUUUCUGAAUGCCACCUCUUCACACAAGAGGGUCCUGAUGACAUCACAUCCUCUCCUAUAAGUUACGCUGCCUCCAAAGUUCAGUGAGAAAGAUCAGCCGCGCUCCGCUGCACCGCCCCGAGGACGAUGGCCGGCUCUCCUGCACUGCUCCUCCUGCUCAGCCUGGGGCUCUGCUGCACCACUGCCCAGGGACAGAGCAACACGCUGGAGGCCAGGUUCCUCAACAGGAAUAUGAAGCACCCCCAGGAGGGACAGCGGCUGGAGCUGGAGUGCCUGAAUUAUGAGAGGAACAGACCCAUCUUCUGGAUCCGCCUGGACAAGGGUGGGAACCUUCACUUCAUUCUCUCCAGUACACAAUCUUAUCCCUCUACCUUGCAGGAGGCUGUGAAAACAGCUCCAAACUUUGAGGCGUUACGGAGAGGAAACUCCUAUCGGCUGGUGGUGAAGUCCUUCAGGACACAAGAUGAGGGGACCUAUUUCUGCAUCCAAUACAUCAACCAGGUGCUGCACUUCAGCUCUGGACAACGCGCCUUCUUCCCAGGCGCAACAACAGCAGCAACCACCACACACACAGCCACCACCCAGAGCAGCCAGCUCACCAAGAAGGACAGCUCACAACAGGGCUCAAAUGCAGCAGAACACAUCACACCCACUGCCACCACCCAGAGCAGCCAGGUCACCACGAAGGACAACUCGCAGCAGGGCCCGCAUGCAGGAACAAGAAACAAGGACACACCAAGAUUCUACUGUAAAAUGGUCAUGUGGGUUAACCUGGCUGUCACCUGCCUCCUGCUCCUCACUGCCAUAACCAUCACCAUCACGCACUGCCAAAAGAUCAGAUGCUCCCAUGCUAACAGAGGAAGCAUCAGCAGUGCUGAAAUAAACACAGCCACGCGUCACACGCGCUCACCACCAGCCCAUCACUUGCAGGACCAAGCUCAGCGUAAGCAAGCAGUGCUGCGUCGCUGCUCAGCACAAGGCACACAGGCGUCCUCCUCAAGCACCGCACUGAUCCCAGCAGCAGCACACACAGCUGCCCUGAUGCAGCGCCGGCAUUUGGCUGCUCCUCCCCUGCUGCCCACCAGCACUGCACACCUCCCGCGGCCUGACAUGUGCUCCUGCCCCACACUGCUGGGACACACCCAGACCGCGCCGGACACUGCUGACCCUAACAAGCCGGGCAGCUCUGUGCCACUGUGCAAAAGGCAUCCGAUGCUUCCACGAGAUGACCAAGAAAUUAAACACAUCCCAAAACUCUAAUGCCUCAAGCUUCCGCUUCCAAUGGCUUCUCAGUUCAAUGGAAAUAUUUUUUAAUUAUUUCACUGUGUCAUUUGAUUUAUUUCAUUAUUUCUAUAGAAAGUAGAAAAUUUAUAACAUAACAUGCCAUCCUAAUCAUGCUUACAAAAAGAAAGUUCCAUGUUUAACAGCCCAUCCCAGAAUGUGUUGAAAGAAAUUUUGUUUGACAUGGUCCAUGACAGAAAUUCUCCCCUACCUUGUCCAACUGAAAUCUCCUCAGCAGGCAUAGAAAAAAUGAAUCCAUGCUGCUGAUCUAAACUGCCUCCACAGAUGAAGUUUCUGAAGUAGAUCUUCACCUGGAGGUCCUGCUGCUUGUCACAACAGAGUAAUUGCCACUGGGAAAGUCUAAGCUGUUCUUAUUUAUUACAGUAGAAAGUAGAUACAGCUUUGUGCUAAGGCACACAGAACUCAGGAAAUGAAGAUCCCUGCUCCAGCUAAUUAGUUACUUAGGAGACAAGAGGUGGAGGCUCAGGAGCACACUGGCUUCAUCUGAUCACACACAGAUGUCUCCAUCAGAGCUAAACUUGCCUGGGUCCCUCUCUGGCCAAUGAAGCGUGUCCCUGCUGGAGGGCAUGCAUGACAGCCCCUUACUGCUCUCUCUACACUGACAAUAAGCUGUCAUCUUGCCAUAAAGACACAUAGUCAUUAGCAGUUUCUUAAAGGCAGCAGAAAUGAGUGAUACUCCCUAAUGCACCCCCAUAUGACCAGCUCCAUCUGUGAGCCAUGAGGACAAGAUGAAGAGCAACUCUGUGUUUAGGAGGAGAACUUCUGGGUACCUGACAGGUAGCUGGGAAUGACCCACAGUAGAAUCACACUGCCACAGGGAGAAAAGAGGGAAGAAAGAUGUCCAAACUGAGACAGGCAAUUGACCUUCCUGCAAUCCAACUGUAGAGCUUCUCCAGACACAUCUUUGAACGCUCUGCAUAGGCAACUGUCUCCAAGGCAGGGUGAGAAUCCAGUCCCAGAGACGUGCAAACAUCCUCAUUUGCCAACAGCUCCCCUUCCAGUCCAAUCAUUCCAAACCACAGAAAUGAGGAAUUUUCCUACUUUGGUCACAAUCCCAGCGUAAGGCAGAAGCAGAUCGCUUCGGCACCUCACGAGAUAUGGGACAACGUCAGCCAUCCACAAGGCAUGCCCAUCAGUUCAGCUCCUCAUCCCAUUGCAAAGGCAGCAUGGAUUCUGUUUUGGUUGAGAAGAAAUUGACAACAGAAAGAGCCUACACAAGCAGUAUAACAUACAUGUCUUGCUGGGAAACGGAUGGAGGCCUAAGAGUCCACAGUUCUAAUGUGCUUGAUGGGAUUUCAAGGCUCUUGUUAUGUUCUUUAAUACAUUAACCCUCUUUUCUCUUCUUUUUGCAACACAUCAACUUCAUGCUGACAUCGCAUGUCUUACAGCCUUAUAAUACCUUCUGUUUCACAGACCUCAGCAGGCCUCACUCCAGCUUUCUGCACUCACCACAGCGCUUGAAGCCCAAUGAGAUGAGCCCAGUUCCCAGACACUUGCAACUCAUUUACUCACACAACAGUGGUUCCAUCAGUCAUGAGUGCCUGGCUUGUUAACAUUCAGAGGGUUUUCUUGCAAAGGUAAUAGAGCAGUACCUCACACUUUAUCAAGACACAGCAGGAAAGCCAGGAAAUUCCCAAAGAAGAAGCAAAUAACACCAACCUCGUGUAGUGACUGUAUAUGCAAAACUGCAGGAGGACAAAACUCUUAGCAGGGUGUGAGAGGUCACUUAAACACAGUGGGCAGGACUCAGAAUGUUAAAGUAGGUAAGGUGGAUUUUGGUUUUUUUUGGCAUGGUGGAAGUCCCUGUGGUUACAGAAGAAAACCACAAGCAUAUUAAUACACAAAUAAAUUCAGCAUACCACAGGGACAUGGGGCUGUCUAGAUGGGUAUCACACCACAGAGCUCCUGCCUUGCACACAGCACCUUCUGAACAGAAACUACAAAGAAGUUUUGCAGAGAACAGCAGAGCCGCAGAAGUCAGCUACAUGUCAGCAAUGCAUGGACUCAGAGAUAAGGUGCAGAUGGAUAGAUGCUGCAAACCAUUCCUAGGUCUUCUUUAACCUGUAAAUUGAAUAAAAUGAAAUACAAUGAAAUCAAUGAAAUACAAUCUCUCCUAAGAAAAACAACAUCUUGUCCAUAGCCAUGGCCCCAGUCUUGUCCUUGUGUUCUGCAGAUCUGGACGUGAAGUGAGUGGAAAACAUCAGUCUGUGGUGAUUCACCCGAUUUCUGAAAGGAUCAUUGCCAGUCUGAAUCUCAACUGAAGACACUGAAGAAAAAUCCCAGAGGCCAGAAUUCCAGUAUUUCUCAUGUCCAUGAGCCCUGCAUCCCUAAACCUCUAGUUGGAGACCGGGGUGGUAAAUCCCCCCA